UGCUCGCACGGCGCAUGCGCCUUCAUGCGACUGUAGUAUUAUCAUUGACCUAAGCAAUAUUUAAACUGCGCAGGGGGGUGGCCUGUCAAGAAACGUUGGACUGUAAUACCAUGGGUGGGUUUACAAAUAAAUACAUAACGUUCCAACCAAAGCAGGAUCUAAUCUGACUGAUAGCCUAUAUGUUCUGCCUCAGGGCUUCUCUCGGCUUUCUUCUGAUCGGUGAUACAGUGUGUCAGCGGCGGCUGGCCAGAGGUGCUGGAUGAUAGCUACCGGUGUGUGUGGAAACUCCAGAAGAGCCUGUCUCGUUUUAAUGAAUUUGUAGUCAUAUAAGGUGCUUUACUGACUUGCUUGUCCGAUUGCCAAACGUAAAAAUGAGCGUCGCGGUUUAUGUUUUGACCACGGUGACCGGGUAUGUGCUAACAUCGGCGUUACUGCUGAAGUGUCCGUCACUGCUGCACCGGCGAAAGAGAGAAACCUUCAGAAGCAGACACAUCUCACAUCGCGGCGGGGCCGGUGAGAACUUGGAGAACACAAUGGCAGCCUUCAAGCAUGCUGUAAAACUUGGCACUGACAUGUUGGAGCUGGACUGUCACUUAACCAAGGAUGAGCAGGUGGUGGUAUUGCAUGAUUCCAACCUCAAGAGGUCGACUGGCAUUAACUCAUACAUUUCCGAUGUGGCUUAUGCUGAACUUCCACCUUACCUUUGUAAGCUUGGGGUGACUUUCAAACGAGAGUGCUACUGUGAAGGAGGAGAUGACAAACGCAUCCCUCUGCUGAGAGAGGUGUUUGAAGCUUUCCCAAACACCCCUGUAAACAUCGACAUCAAGGUCAACAAUGACACCCUCAUCAAGAAGGUGUCCGAGAUGGUCACCCGAUACAACAGGGAGCAUUUGACCGUCUGGGGAAACUCCAGCAAUGAAAUCGUUAGGAAAUGUUACGAAGAGAAUCCGCAAAUCCCAGUCUUGUUCAGUUUACCCAGAGUGCUACUGUUGGUGGGUCUUUUCUACACAGGCCUCCUGCCCUUCGUCCCGCUCAAGGAACAAUUCCUAGAGAUUCCAAUGCCUUCCAUUGUUUCCAAACUCAAAGAUCCUGAGCGUCUGACACGGAGUCAUCGUUUCAUAACGUGGUUGGCAGACACGCUCCUCAUGAGAAAAGCUCUAUUCGAUCAUCUGACGGGCAGAGGAAUACAGGUGUAUAUCUGGGUGUUGAACGACGAGGAGGACUUUAAACGUGCCUUUGACCUUGGAGCUACAGGGAUUAUGACAGACUAUCCCACCAAGCUAAAGGAGUUCAUGGAGAAAAACAACUACGCUACCACCCUUAAAUAAGAUUUGAGGCCAAAGUAAACAAUCAAUAUGCGUUUCCGCUGACCUUUGGCCCCUGAACGGGCCUUUUUAAUUACCCAGCAGUCUUUGAUGUUUAUGUCCGUGAGUGUAGAAGUGGCAGCUAUCAGUUCUGCAUUAAUCAGCAAUUCAGCAUCAGAGCCCCGCUUUAAAGCGAACUGGAUGUCAUGAAAUCAUUCUGUAGCUUCACUUCAUAGCAAUACACAUUUUCCAUAAAAAGCUGGAGGACUUAUAAGAGACUAUGCUGAAUGAUCAAUUAUAUUGGGGUGAUGUCAUGAUCGUCAUGAUAUUUCUGUGAAAUUUACCCUAGUGGCACUUUCAGUGUAUGAUUGACUGGUAGUUUAUUGCUGUGCGUCACUUUCUGCAAUAACACUGAACUCACUAAAGCGUUAAUUGUCUAAAUGACGAUACUGAAGGUUUUUUUAAGGCACAGUAAAUAAACACUUGUUUUAAUGUGUACUGUAGUAUGGGAUUGUUGAGAGACAAGUAAUCAGAGGGAUGGAGAUUUUAAGGUUUAGUUCAGUACUAUGUGGUUUAAUUGUGGUUUGAUUGACGUGUGUAUAUUUUGUGUUUGUAAAUUUGUUUUUGUUUUUGAGAUUUAUGGCUUAAAAGAUGCCUGAGUAUUGCUUGAAGUGUUAGGUGUUUAGUUUUAUAUAUGACCAGUCAGAAGUUUUGACCACAAUUCGAUCUUCAUUAUUACUAUUUCAGCAUGUUACAAUAUUAAAGUAAUCAAACCUCAUAUUUAAGCUGCUUCAAACCCUGCUUUUUCUUUAAACUAAAACUAAUUUAUAUAAUAAUAAACUAAAUAUAAGUUAAGUUAUAUAUAUAAAAAAAAAUCAUGCAUGGGGAACUUUAUAUUUGUCUUAAAUAAAUUUAAAGUAUUCCAGCAAUUGCCUUUAGGUCAAAAGGUUUUGUGAUCAUCAGACACAAAGUCAGUCAUGUGUGUCCAAGCUUUUGACUGGUUGUGUAUGUUUUAUACGGAUGAAAAAGGUUUUGUUGGAGUGUAACUGGGACACAAGACAAGGGUUGUAUGUGGUCAUGUGACUUGAAUGUACUUUUGCUGGGUCAGGAAAAGAUUUUAACUUGUUUAACCACUGAAAUGUUGGUGGUUUUACUUUUUUGAUGCAUUGAAAGAGAUCAUCAAAAUCUCAUUCUUUUAAGGAUACGGGAUGCAUUCAAAAUUGACAUGACAGUAACUCACUCCUGAAAUAUGUAGUUGUGGAGUUCCCCCCCUUUUGUAAAGAAUAUACGGAUAUAGUAAAUUUUAGCCUUGUGCUGUAUUUAAUUUUUUAGUUCAUAUUUUCUCCAAGCCACUUUCAUUUGUUGUGUGUGAACUGAAUGUACUGUUAAAUUUCAAGUGAUAGCUACAAAGAUGAAUUCAAAGAUUAGUUAUUGAGCCUAUUUGGUUUCAAUUGCACUGUUCAGUUUUGGAUAUAAAAAAAAUAAUUUAUAAAUGAAUUUAAACAAUUA